AUGUUUGCCACCAUUGUGAAGGGUCGCAUGGGCAACAUGGAAGUGGCAGGGGUUACGUUGCAUGAGCUCUUGGACAGCAGCGCCAUCGCAAACCAGACCAGGGACUUGGACUGCGUCGAGGUGUUCACUGUGGCAAACUCUGUCAAGAACGCAGCCUUGGAGAAGAAUUUCUCAGCUGAGUCCUACGACUACCUGCAGGAUGGGAAUGCCAGCGUGACAACACGAGCAGGCCUGCUCCAGGCAGGCUCCCUUGUGGCCCGAAUUCGCGAUGGAGGUUUGUGCACGUUGGCGCCUGAAUGCAAGACUUUCACUUUUGCUUGCAGCUCAGUCACUCAGCGCACCAAGGGCAACUUUGGGGGCAAGGAGGACUCAGCCGUUGUCCAGAACGGGAACUCCAUCGCCUUGGCUGCCCUCAUGCUGUUCAUUUUGGCUCUUGCGCGGGGUGUCUUUGCAUGCCUGGAAAACCCAGCCGGCUCCUGCCUCUUCUCAUUUUUGAAGCCUUGGCUGGAGAAGUUGGAAGCCUGCAUGGACUUGUUCUUCUCAGGCCGGCAGGCCAGCAGUGGAAUUGGGCCCCGGCUUAUUUACUAUUGCGUGGACCGCUGCACCUUUGUCUUGCAGAAGCCGACUUUCCAGAAGAAGUACAAGUUCAUGUGCUCAGGGACGUGGUUCCAACCUGUUGCGAAAGUUUGCACUUGUCCGGGGAGAAAAAAGAAGAAGCACCUAGAGCUGAUGGUGAGGAAGAAGAAGGGUGGCAAGGUCCAAGUCAACGGAACUGACCAGUUGAAGGGCAGUGGCCUGUACCCUGCUGAACUUGGCGCUGCCAUUGUUCUGGCUUGGAUGCACAGCAAGACAGCUCCUGCGCCAACUGCCCCCGGCCCCGACUUCGAGGACCCUUGGGCAGAGAAGGCCGCAGACACACAACCAAAGAAGCGGGCCAAGCAGCAGGAGAAGUCAAGCAGCAGCAGGCCAAAGAAGCGGGCGAAGCAGCAGGAAAAGUCAAGCUGCAGCAGGCCAGCAGGAGCUGCAGGCAAGCAGACAUUGAAGAAGCCUGCCGCCCAGUUGCAAGAGCCUGACUUUGAUCCCUGGGGGUAG